GAAAGCAGUCGUGUAGAAAGUAUUCAGCUGGGCUGUUUCGCCUUCCCACAGAGAGACAAAACGCUUUAGUAAAGUAGGAAAGGAAGAACAAACAUAGCUAUCGAAAAGUUAAUCAGUGGACCUUAUAUACAGGAGAAGUUGACGGGAUUCGCCAAGUUCAAGCAAGCAGCAGCUUCCUGAUUGCAUCCGCUUCUGAGACCCUCAACCCCCUCCAAAACCAAAUUAUUAGUACUAGAGUAGUAAAGGCUCUAACAGACAAGUACGCUCAGCAGCCAAAAAAAAAAAAACCCGCCCCCCCCCAAAAAAAAAAACCCCGGCAUAGAAAUGUUCCGUCGGGUUGCCUUUCCGCGGCUCGUGAGCGCCUCCGUCGCGAUGCGCUUCAACCAGGGCGUGACAUCGGUCGGUGCGAUUCCGAAGUCGGCACCUGCUGCUGCUACCGCCGCCUCCUCCGGUCCUUACAUGCCCGCCUACUCGGAGGUGCAGGGCACCACAGGCACGCCGGUGCUGGACCAGCUCAUUGGUUACUACGUGAACAUUCAAUCCCGAAAAAUGUACUACAAAGACUUCCUCCGCAUUGAGCACCAGGCCGUCCGCUGGGCCUUUGCGGACAUCCGCAAAAACAGCGAAGCACUGGCCCACGGGUUGCUGCAGACCGGUGUGCGACCGGGCGACCGCGUGCUGGCCAUUCAGCCCUGCAACUGUGAGACCUUCGUCAUGCAGCUCGCGUGCGCCAAGAUCGGUGCGCUGUUGUGCGUGGUGCCCCAGGAGGCCAUCAGCGCCGAUAAGCUGCGGUUUUACCUGAACGAGUUUCAACCCCGCCACCUCGUGGCGCGCGAGUGGAUCAACGUACCGGAGGUGAAGCAGGGCGAGUUAGUGGAGCGCAACAUGCACUUCUGGGACACGAUCUACAACGUCAUCCCUGAGCUCGGUCUCUCCUACCCGGGUCAGAAGUUCCAGUGGGUGCACUCGCAGGAGUUCUACUACCUCAAGAAGAUCAUCAUCACGGACCACAACAUGAACCUUCUCGGUGUCACACCGAUGCGCAAGAUGCUUGUGUGGGGCCCCUUCUCCUACUACGAGCAGCGUCUGCGCCGUCUGUCGGCGCUGCUGCACCCCGACGAUCCAGUGCUAGCGCUCGAGGACCCCUACCCGGCCAUGGAGGACAAGCUGCACGUCACCUACUCCCACCGCAACUGCGUCAACGCCGGCUUUUUCUUCAGUCAGCUCAUGCGCUUUAAGGCAGAGACGCGCUUCGGUGUCAUGCCGAACCACCACACCGACCCUGUAGGCGCCAUCGUCGCACCCUACGCUGCUCUCACGUCCGGCGCGGUGCUCGUGCACAUCCACUCCGACAUGUUCACGGACGACCACGCCAUCAACGGUAUUGAGAAGCUUUGCGUGGAGGAGGUGGAGACGCUGCUGGGCCGCAAGAAGGACUUCGACCUGCUGCUGAAGCACGCCGGCAACUUCGACGCUGACCAGUUCGAGCACCUGCACUCCGUCGUCCUCUUUGAGGAUGGCGUGGAGCCGCCCGUGUCGGAGGACUACCUGAAGAAGCUAGCCAAGGCCCUCUGCCUCGAUGACGUUUAUGUGUUCCGUGGCCCUAUAGAGACGUGCUACAUGCUCACGUGGCGCACGCUGCAGAAAGGCCCGCAAGGGAUGGUCCCGCACGCGGAGGCGAAGGUCGUUGGUGAUCGCGGCACGAGCGACGCGAAGGUGCUGGCGGCCGGCACGCGCGGCAACCUCCGCGUGAAGGGACCACACGUCACCGCCGGCUACUACAACAAUGCGGGCUUGAUGACGGAGCUGGUGGAUGAGCACGGCUUCGUUAGCACGAGUCGCGAGGCCACGAUGGACAGCAAAGGCAACCUGGCCCUUCUGUCUCCGCAGACGUACUAA